AUGGCCUCUAUCCCUGAGUUACAUCAAAAGCUCAAUGGAGACGAAUCCGUUCGGAUCCUGAUCACUGUUUAUACCAAGUCACUGAACUCUGAGAACUAUCUAGCCUCAGCAUCUGAUACUAUCAGUAAAAUUGCACCUGGGUGGGAAAAUAAUCCGCGGAUUCGCUUUCUCCUCGUGGAUGUAUAUGAAAGACACACAUUUAUCGUUGCUGAUAUCAAUAACCAUGGGUACAAUUUCGAAACGGCACACAAAGACACAACUCCGAUCCCAGUUUAUGCUAUUCGGCAAGUGAGGAAGACGGAAAAGUGGGUGAUGACCAAAGAGCAAAAAUACGAUAUGUAUAUAGCUCAUAGAAUUGCGGAACUGCAUGAUUGGUACGGCUUGCGAAAGCCACCAUUUCUAGAAGACCAUCACUUCGUGAUCGAACACACGGAUCUUCGCGAGCCACAAAAGGAAAAAUAA